CAAGAAUAGAAUGGCAAUAAAAGGAGUUGGGUCGGGACGAAAGCCCAGACCGAAGCUAGGAUAAGGGCUGAAAUUCGAAUUGAAGGAUAGGCGCGAGAUUUGAAGUACUAAUAAAAUAGAAAGGAAUAGAGACAAAUACUGGUCUCCCGAGGAGAACUCAAAUUUGAAAUUAGAGUAGAGUGGAAGAUGAAGAGGGCACAGGGAAAUGGGGGUUUGGAGAUGAAGCAGAGAAUAGUAGGUGCGCUGAACAAGGUUGGGGAUCGGGACACGCAGCAAAUAGGGAUGGAGGAGCUAGAUCGAAUGGCGCAGGGUUUAAGAGCGGAAGGGAUAUGGUCCUUCUUGUCAUGCAUACUAGACUCCGACUGGGAGCAGAAAGCCUCCAUCAGAAAGGAGUGCGUAAGACUGAUGGGAACGUUGGCCACCUACUACGAUGGCCUGGUCCUUCCGCAUCUUCCCAAAAUGGUUGCAAGCAUCGUCAAGCGCCUCAGGGAUCCCGACUCUGUCGUCCGGGAUGUCUGCGUCAACACGGUUGCUCUUCUCGCCUCCAAAUUGGGCCGUGACGGCGAGGACAAGGUGUUUGUUGUUCUUGUCAGGCCCAUCUUCGAGGCUCUGGGAGAACAGAAUAAGCACGUCCAGUCCUCCUCUGCUCUCUGCCUCGCUAGGAUUAUCGACAACACUCCCCAUCCUCCUCUUUCCCUUUUGCACAAGAUGUUGUCCAGGACUCUCAAGUUGCUUAAAAACCCUCAUUUUAUUGCUAAGCCAGCCCUUCUUGACUUCACCCGGAGCAUUAUUCUCGCUGGCGGCGCUCCUACUCAUAAUAUUCUCUCCGCUGCUAUUUCCAGUAUUCAGGAUUCCCUUAAACAUUCUGACUGGUCCACUCGCAAAGCCGCAUCACUUGCACUCGCCGAUAUUGCUUUGAGCGCUGCUUCUUUCUUGGGAUUUUUCAGGGCUUCCUGUCUUCAGUCCCUUGAGUCUUGUCGAUUUGACAAGGUGAAACCAGUUAGGGAUGCAGUUAUGCAAGCGCUCAAGUAUUGGACUAUUCUUCCCGCUCCCCCAGAUACACCCGACCCUUCUGAAACUGGAUCCUCCUUAAAAGAAAACAUCUGCAGAGGUGACUCCUCUGAUCUUAGCAGUACUACUACUGAAUCCAGACACAUACAAAAAGUCAAUAUGAAAUCAACUAUGGGAAGGAUCCCUUUCUCUGUUAAAAAUUAUGCGAGGAACAAUCACCAGAAACCAGAUGAUUGGGAUGUUCAAGUUGCAGUCCCCAGACCCCACUCUCUCGUGGAAUUCCAGAACAAAGAAUCAGAGAGUUGUUCUGUCACUAAGCAGCCAUUAGAAACAAUGAGUGCUGAUGUUACCAGCAUGCAGGAUGUUGGUUAUGAAUAUGUGCCCAUGGAUGACAAGCAGGAGUGUUCUUCUGUCUCUAAUCCUCCCACUGAUAACUUUGAGACCAAGUUUUUAUCUGCUUCUCAUGACUGUUUUAUACAGAAGAUGCCAAUUGCAAGAAGCCAACGAUUUAGUGAGGAAAUAACUUCUGAUGAACGGGUAAAGAUGCAACACCCUACAAGUUCUGAUUCUACCGUCACAGAGCCAACUCACCAAACUGCACAUGAAUGCUGUAUGCAAAUGGCAAAUGAAAUGAUCUGUAUUCAGAAUCAACUUUCAGAUAUUGAAAUCAAACAGGCUAACAUGAUGCACCAAUUACAGAUGUUUACAACUGGCAUAAUGGAUGCCCUUUCUACAAUCCAAUCAAGAAUAACAGGCUUAGAGAAUGUAUUUGAUAGAUUAAGUCAAGAAUCUUUGCAAAGAGGAAGACAUUCUUAUUCAGAAAACUCCAAAUUAGGGAGACAGAGUGAAAAUGUUGCCUCUCCCAGGUUCUCCAUAUGCACUCCAACACCAAGGCCAUCUGUGGAAAUUAAUAAUAAGCAAUCAGACUCUAUGUCAGUUAAAAAUUCCGAAAGUUGGGAGAAAAAGGCAUUUUCAAGGAGCCAACCAAGGAUUCAUUCUGGAGAUAGUUUGGAUAUGUGGAAAAGUAACAAGGUCAAGGCUACCAGAAAAUUUACAGAGAAGGAUGUUUUGAACAGCUCAUCAAAGGAUACCUUACAAAUGGGUUCUGUAAAAAAUGAUGGUAUCUUCUCUGCUACCAGAAUAACCAAUGCCAGAAAUGAUUGUUCUGAGAGUAAUAAUAACUACUGGAAGCAUGUAAAACGUCUUGUAUGUGAAGGGGAUCUGAACUCUGCAUAUAGGGAAGCUUUGUGUUUCAGUGAUGAAUUUAUUCUCGUUGAGCUUUUGAAUACAACUGGUCCAGUUAUAGAAAGUUUAUCUGUGAAGACAAUGAAUGUUCUUCUUAGUACUUUAGCAUCAUAUCUUCUGGAAGGAAAAUUAUUUAAUACUAUAAUCCCGUGGCUGCAGCAGAUUGUUGAAAUGAGUACUAUCCAUGGACCAAAUUGCAUUGCUAUCUCUAUUGAAGCCAAGAAACAUCUUUUAUCGGCAGUCCAGGAGGCCAUGAACCUGCAUUUUUUCAGUCAUGCAGAAAGAAGGCGUGUGGCUGAAUUAGCAAUGAAAUUACAUCAUAUAUGGGGUAAGAUCACUGAAAGUUAAUAUUGGUGUAUCUGACGAAAAAAUAAUGUAUGUUGCCAUUUUCUGUUGGGAUUCAGAUUUUGUUCCUCGUUGAACUCAAAGCCAGUUCUUGUUGUAUGUAUUUUGUUCGUUAGUUGGUGGGUGAGUGUUAGGUUUUGCGAAUAAUCUGCUAGUAAUUCUGGAAUUCAUGACUUGUGAAGUGUUUUUCUUUUUCCUUCCUGAAUUGGCACCUGUGUGCAUUCAAAGAGUAUUGCAUCUUUGAGAAUGGAUGUCAAUAUUGAUCACCAUGUACUAUAAUUAUGUUCAUUUUUUUAAUGCUCAUGGUAGAAUUUUACAUUAU